AAUUUCAACAUCAACAAUACAUCAUUGCACUCAUCACGUAUAAGCUUAAAAAGGAUCUCGAAAGUUAGGUUCAGUCCAACAGGAUCAGUUAAUAUUAUUGCAAAAGCAAAAUGUCCCACGGUGAUGAAUUAGUGGAACAAGUGUUAGAUACCAUUUACUGUUUUGUUAAACUUCAUGAAACUGAUGCAUGGUUAAAAAACAUAUCCAACGCAGACAUUAUAAAAUCAUUCAAGUGUUCGUUGUUUGUGGAGAAAGCGAUUGAGAAAUGUAAAAGUGAACAUUCUGAGCAGACUCUAAUGAGGUCACUUCAGUUGAAAUGCCAAGGAAAUUUUAAAAUUUAUGAAAUACAUUUUUUCGAGAAGGCUGCAGAUCAUAUACUUAAGAAAAUGAUAAAUUCAACUGUAAUAAAUGAAGUGAGUGCAGAUGUGGCUCUUAGAGUGUACUCAUCUAUGUUCUCCCAAACUCGUUUAGAAAACAUAUUAUUUGAUUGCUUACUAAAGUCUGUUUCAUACAAUAGCAUAAUGAAUUACAUUGUCCAAGAGAAUAAUAACAUCAAUGUAGAUAAUUUAGAGAUUAAACUUUUGUAUAACUCAUGGCAUCAGCAGGUUAUUGUAGGUAAUUCAGCUAGUGUUGAGAAUAUUGUUAAGAUUAUGUUAAAUUCAUAUCAGAUAGAUAGGGAAUUAAAGAUAUUGUUUAGUAUUUUGUUGGUGGAUGAUCUAAAUAAGGAUAUUAAAGAUAUCAUAAAGCAAGAACUGGAUUUUGUUCUCAGAGAUAGAAGUAUUCUUAGUAAGAAAUAUUGGGUUGUCUUGAUAAAAUCAUUAGAUGUCCAUCUUUUGCUUAAAGUAUGUGCAAGUCAUCAGGACUUACUGAAAUCAAUACUGAAUAUAAUUGUGUACUUACUGUGUAUGUUGAUCUGCGAGGAUAAUCGAUGGGUCAUGAGUACAAACAUUGAAUGUUCAGAGAUUUGUUAUUUUGAUCUAAUUAGAAGGUUGAAAUCGUUGCAUGACCAUGCGUUUACGCAGAAAAUUGUUAAAUGUACAAUUGAUGAAGCCCAAAGGAAUAUCGGUACACCAAUUUGGUGCCAGAUUCAGGCUGUCGUUGAUUUAUAAUAUAUACGUUUUGUUCAUAAUUUUUACAAAAUAAACAUAAAAUGUGUUC